GCAAAAGAAGAGAGAUGUGUAAGAAGAAACCACAAUUGCACCGAGAUUUCCUCUGAGUUCUAGUAUUUACAUUGCCUUUCUUUGUAACACUGCAUUGCUUAAUCAAUUCAUAGCAAUGUUACACUCCCACACACACACUUCUUCAAUCCAGAAUCACCAUUGAUAGACCUCCAACUAGUAUAGAAAUGGCGGCAUUGAGUCAAGUAUGCAUGUUAACACUCAUUCUCUUGCUUGUUAAAUUUUAUCUUGUCCAUGGAAAGGAGGCAAGAUCCGUGACCUACGAUGGACGGUCUUUGAUCAUCCAAGGUUCCAGGGAGCUCCUUUUCUCGGGUUCUAUUCAUUAUCCUCGUAGUCCUCCUGAGUUGUGGCCACAAAUUAUAAACAAGGCUAAGGAGGGAGGUUUGAAUGUCAUCUCGACUUAUGUUUUCUGGAACCUUCACGAGCCUAUUCAAGGCCAGUUCAAUUUUGAGGGGAACAAUGACGUGGUGAAAUUCAUCAAAUUGAUUGACGAGCUAGGCUUAUAUGCAAUUCUUAGAAUUGGCCCUUACAUCGAAGCCGAGUGGAAUCAUGGUGGAUUUCCAUACUGGUUAAGGGAAGUCCCAAAUAUUACAUUCCGUACUGAUAACGAACCAUUCAAGCACCACAUGAAAAAAUAUGCCACGAUGAUCAUAGAAAUGAUGAAAAAGGAGAAAUUGUUUGCUACUCAAGGAGGACCCAUCAUUUUGUCACAGAUUGAAAAUGAGUACAACAAUAUUCAGUUAGCAUAUAGGGAGUCCGGUUUGCGAUACAUUCAGUGGGCAGCAAAUAUGGCUGUAAGUCUACAGACAGGAGUCCCAUGGAUCAUGUGCAAACAGAAGGAUGCCCCUGAUCCAGUGAUCAAUACAUGCAAUGGGAGGCACUGUGGAGAUACUUUCAGUGGCCCAAAUGGGGCCAAUAAGCCUUAUCUCUGGACUGAGAAUUGGACUGCCCAGUAUAGAGUAUUUGGAGAUCCACCGUCUCAAAGAGCAGCAGAAGAUAUUGCAUUUUCAGUUGCUCGCUUCUUCUCAAAAGAUGGAACUCUCACGAAUUAUUAUAUGUACUACGGUGGGACAAAUUUUGGCAGAACAAGUUCAUCUUUUGUGACAACUCGUUACUACGAUGAAGCUCCUCUUGAUGAAUUUGGUCUACCGAGGGAACCUAAAUUCAGUCACCUUAGGGACUUGCAUAGGGCUUUGAGAUUGUCCAAGAAGCCUUUGCUUUGGGGAGUUACUAAUGUCCAAAAGAUUAGUGUGGAUCUAGAGAUUCGAACAUAUGAGAAGCCUGGAACUGAUAUUUGUGCAGCGUUUUUGAACAACAACCAUUCCAAGAUACCAGGAACUAUUAAAUUCAGGGGUAAGGACUAUUACCUUCCCCCGAAAUCCAUUAGCAUCCUUCCUGAUUGCAAGACAGUGGUUUUCAACACUCAAACGAUUGUUUCGCAACAUAAUGCAAGGAAUUUCCAUCCAUCAAAGAAUGCACAAAAUCUUAAAUGGGAAAUGUCACAAGAAAGUAUUCCAAACAUACACCAAUUACCACUAAAAAGCAAGUCUCCAUUGGAGCUCUAUAGCUUGACUAAAGAUACCUCAGACUAUGCUUGGUACAGCACCAGCAUACGUUUUGAUCGCCGUGACUUACCAAUGCGUUCUGAUAUUAACCCAGUCCUACAAAUAGCAAACCUUGGCCACUCAAUGGUUGCAUUUGUAAAUGGUGAAUAUAUAGGAUUUGGACAUGGAAGCAACAUAGAGAAGAGCUUUGUCUUCACAAAGUCCGUAGUUUUGAAGCCAGGAUUUAAUCACAUAUCACUAUUGGGCGCUACAGUGGGAUUCCCGAAUAGCGGAGCCAACAUGGAGAAGAGGUUUGCUGGGGUUCGUGCUGUAACAAUCCAAGGUUUGAAUGCUGGAACCCUCGAUGUGACCAACAACUACUGGGGGCAUGAGGUCGGUAUAAAGGGAGAAAAGCUCCAGGUAUACACAGAGGAAGGAUUGAGUAAGGUAAAAUGGAGUCAGGCAAAAGAAUCAGGAAUAGGACCACCUGUGACAUGGUACAAGACGUACUUUGAUGCUCCUGAAGGCAACAAUCCUGUUGCUCUGCGGCUAAGCAGCAUGGGCAAAGGAAUGGCUUGGGUCAAUGGCAAAAGCAUUGGUCGUUACUGGACGAAUUACCUCUCACCUCUUGGACAACCAGCUCAAUCAGAGUACCACGUUCCAAGAGCCUUCUUGAAGCCGGGAAAGAACCUCCUAGUUCUAUUUGAGGAAUCUGGGGGGAAACCAGAAGGAGUUGAGGUCAUACUUGUGAACAGAGAUACAAUAUGCAGCUUCAUAACCGAGUAUCAUCCGCCCAAUGUUGCGUCAUGGGUAAAGAAUGGAGACAAGAUGCAACUUACAGUUGAUGAGUUGAGUUCGGGAGCUCAGUUAACCUGUCCUGACGGCAAAAUGAUCAAGGUAGUAGAUUUUGCGAGCUUUGGUGACCCAGAUGGCGCAUGUGGGAGCUUUUUUGAGGGAAAAUGCACUUCUCCUAAUAGCAAGGAAGUUGUUGAGAAAUAUUGCUUAGGAAAGAAUAGCUGUUUCAUUCCAAUAAAAAGAGAACUUUUCGACGACAAGAGCGAGGCUAAGUGCCCCAACAUCCCAAAGACACUGGCUGUUCAAGUAAGGUGCGGUCGCAACAAAUCAGAUUAGAGAACUUAAGAUGUAGUAGUUGGUUAAUAGUGUUGUUGUGUGCUUCAGAGAUUCAAGUUUUGUUUUUAUUAUUUUCUUCGGAUUUCAUGGUAAUGCCAUUGGCAUUAUGAUGAUUGAUUUAGUCCUUGGAGUGGUGCUGCUACUUUUUUCAUUUUCUCUUCUUCACAAACAAAAAUGGGAAAAUAAAGAUCUAAACUUUUCAUUUCCUGUAGAAAUUUUGGAAAGUGAUCAAACUGUUUGAUAAAUUGCUUUUAGUAACUGAUGGAGUUGUCAUUUGUCUAAUACUCAAGGUGGUAAGUAAAAUGAGCAGUUUUUCCA